CAGGAAGACACAGUCAGGAACUACAUAUGGUCAAGUAGUUCCAAAGUCCAAAUGAUAUACCACCUAACGUAAUGUCUUUCUGAGGCUCAGGCAUUAUUGACUAUACUGUAGUAAUCUUCUCCGCCUUGCGGAUAUUUAACUUAAUCCUUGAAUGCAUUAUCCAUUCCAUCCAUUCAACUCUUAGCUCCUCUCUAAACUAGUUAUGUAUCUUAAUGACUCUCCUCAACUUCUUGCAGUCAUUGAUCUGAAAAUGACAAAGGGACCGGCACAUAGUCUUCUUCUACAUAUGAUCCACUUCUUGAAUGUUUUAGUGUUGAUAAUUCUUUAAGAAAAAUGAAGAAUGAGAAUGAAUCAUAUCAAAGACAUAUUCCCCUAUAAAUGAUGUAAUUUUUAAGGAGUGGAGAGAAGUUUUUUUUGUUAAAAUUUAAAGUUUAAACCGUUGUUAAAAAUAACAUAAUGGUACUUUCUGGAAAUAAAUUUAAUGGAUUUUUUUUUUUAAUUUUCCUUAUUUUGUGCACUUUUCCUGAGUUCCAAACGUAAAUAUGUUCUUUUAGAGCUAAUACUACUAUAGUAGUUUUAUUUAUCUAGGGUUUGUGGAAUUCACCACGAAGCCAGCCAGCCAGCCAGCCAUGGAAGAUUCACAACCGUCUCUCGUUCACGCAGGAAACAACAGCACAACAACAACAACCAUUCCUUUUGAUCUGAUCAUCGAGAUACUCUCUCUACUUCCUGCGAAAUCGCUCUUUCGAUUCCAAUCCGUGUCAAAACAAUGGUUCUCUACCAUCCGCAGCAAAUUUUUUGUAGACUUGUUCCAGACUAGGUCAAAGAGUCGGCCUCGUCUCCUUCUCUCGCUCUAUCUCAGAGAUGCUGAGGAGCAGUUCAUCUUUUCGGCUCCUGAACACACAUACGAUGAUGAUAAAUCCUCCUCCACCUUUGUCAUGGCAAGAUACGAUAUGUCGAUCUCGGCUCCAGGCUACAACGUGCUAUAUGGUGCGGUCAACGGUUUUGUCUGCUUCAAAGAUGUUAGCUGUAAUACCAUCGCCGUUUAUAAUCCCACCACUAGACAAAUUGUGAAACUGCCAGACUUUACACCCAACGGAAGAUACAUGCAAGCACGUCUUGGGUACGAUCCAGUCGAAGAUCAGUACAAGGUGUUAUGUGCGAAGAUGUUUGACCAUAAAAGGCAACAACAACAGGAGCAUUUCGUUUGCACUGUGACUUCAUCUCAGAAACAAGAGUGGAGAAAGAUCGAGAACCUGACCGGAGAUAAUUACAGAGAUGUCUGCGGAGAGACAUGCAUUGAUGGUGUUCUGUACUAUGGAGCUGAACAUUCAAGAAUAGUUAGGUUCGAUGUUAGAUCUGAGAAGAUUGAGUUUAUAAAAAUCCCCAAGCUGGAGUCAUAUAUAUCUCACACAUACAUGUCCAUAUUUAUAAAUUACAAGGGGAAAUUGGCCGGUGUAGAUUAUUCUUUCACAAAAAAUUUGAUGACAUUGUGGGUUCUUGAAGAUGCUGAGAAACAGGAAUGGUCGAGCAUGACGUGUGUCUUACCUUCUAAGUUAGAAAAUUUACGUGAGACUCACUUAAUGUCUCGAGGAGUGAUCCAUACGGGCGAGCUUAUGGUGUUCGGUCGAUUGUUAGACUCAUCUAAGCCUUAUUAUAUUUAUUAUUAUGAUUUUAAUAAAAGAAUCAUAAGAAAAGUCGAGAUUCGAGGAAUGAAGGAUGGUGAUUUCAGACGUAUCAAUGGGACUAGUUGGAUGAUAUGUUAUCCAGGACACAUUGAGAAUAUUAAGUUCUUGUAA